AUGAGAGAAAUACAACACAACCGACAACUCAUUUUGCAAGCUCUAAAUAAGAACACAACAAACUUUUCAAACUAUUCUAAGAUAUCUGAGUCAUUGAAAGAAGGAAACUUAAAACUGACAUUAAACCCAAUGACAGACGAGUUUCUGUUUCAAGACAGUAAGAACCAUACUGUUUGUAUAAAUCCAACAAAAGGAACUUUAAACGAGAAACCUAUAGAUGAACUUCUUUUGAAAGCAGAUGUUGACAACAAAGCUGACAAAGAGUAUGUCAUUGAAAAAGUUCAAGAAGAACAUGACAGAGCAGAUGCAACAUAUGCAACAAAAGAGGAUGUUGAAAAGAAAGCUGACAAAACAUAUGUUAACGAUGAGUUAGCAUGCGUGGCUAGUGCGUUAGUGAAGAAGGCAGAUAAGGAAUAUGUGGAUGAAAAAGACAAUGAAAUUAAAGAAAGGGUUGAAUGGUAUAAUGAACGGACAUCGAAGAUUUUAAAAACGAAAGCUGAUACAGGAUGGGUUUCAGGGUGUUUAGACCUUAAAGCCGACAAAGAAACUGUAGAUAUGUUGGCACAAACGGUUUCAAGUCAUACCAGAGGUUUAAUGGAAGAUGGACAACAGUUGAAAGAGCUUGAGAAAGGUGUUACAGA